AUGUCAACUCCAAAUAAUAACAUUCCAUUGACUUCAAAUAAUAAUAAUAAUAAUAAUGUUGUAGGUCAAGGGGAAUCACAACCACAAUCACCAUCGAUAUCAUUUGCAUUACCACAAUCAACAAAAAAUAAGAUUAUAAUUCCAACCACCAAAGAAGGAUUAUGUUGGAGUUCAAGAAGAUUCCAAACCGAAUAUCCAGAUGCUUUGGAUGGAUACAUGACCAAACCAGAAUUUGACCAUGCUGUAGAUCGUCUCCAAACCACUUGGUUUAGAACUAAAAUGGUGUAUUGGUGUGUCUCUGUUGCUCUUCCAUUGGUCGGUCUAUUCGUCAUGCUACUCAGUUUUACAUUAUUCAAGAAAAAUGGUGCCGUCUUGGUUGGUGGUGUAUUAAUAUUAUUUAUUGGUCUUUGUAUAUCUUGUUUUGGUUUUAUGUUAAUUACAAACAAAUAUUUAUAUCAUUUACAUAUUGAAAUUCAAGUUUUAAAUACCAAGUUUUCAAGAUCAGGUAUUGUAUGGUCAUUACAUUUAUUUGAAUAUUAUAAACAAUCAACUCAAAAGAAAUGUAUGGAAUUAUGGGUUGAAGUUGAUCUUCCAGCAACUCCCAUUGUAAAUGUAAAUGAACAACAACAAAAUCAAGCCACAUCUGCAAAAUCGAUUUGUAUUCAAUCAGGUGAUAGUUUUGAAAUGUCAGAUUGUGAUUCUGAAUCGAUUAGUUCUGAUUUUACAUUUGAUAGUAAUAGUUAUACAAGUCAUCAUAAUAUUAAUAAUAAUCCAACUUCAUUCAUUUCAAUUGAUAUUCAAUCUUUACCAUCAUGGUUUGAGAUCACAAAUCUGAGUAUGGAUGGUGGACUACGUACAUACGUAGAAAGUCAACCAACUGAGAAAAGUCCAGCACAAGCAAUGGCAGAUGCACCAAAUUUUUUUUAUCUACUCUACCUUUUAGUUCCAACCUACCUCUUACAACUACAACUACAACUAUAUAUUACUUCUUCUUCUUCUUCUUAUCUUUAG